UCAUGCCCAACACAAAGAGACCUCCCAAGAAGAAUUCACCAUGGAUCAGCGACAGAGAACUCAAGAAAAUGACAGCUGGAGCUGCUCUGCCUCCCCCUCCUGAUACACAAAGAAUCGAUCAUGGCGACAAACUCGAUCCACACAUGUUCUAUUCCUGGGGAGGCGAGUUCACCCCACCUCCCAUCUGGGACGACCGUCCCGUCUACAAGAACCGUGAUCUCCAAGGGACCGUACUACAAUGGCAGAGCAAGGUUGAGGCUGACCCCAGACCAUUUGGCGCAAUGUCAAAAGUCAAAGGAAGCACCAACUUCNUUUUCAACGUCGGCAAAACAAAUGUUGCUAGUGGUCAGCUUUACUUCCUGCCGCUGAAACAAAACGAGACCCUUAUAGCUGAGCUGGUUCCUCGAUCCUGGAUCCCCCAAGUCUUCGAGGCUGGCCAAACACUUCAGUCAUUCUGGAGGCAACAGAUCAGCGAGGCGCCCACACCCCAAGACCAAUCUGACUUGCAUAAUUUCAAACCGUUCUGGGACCGCUAUCUGAUUAGCAAUGCGGCAGUUCAGUUUCCCCCAAUUCAGCCUGACCACAAGGGAUGCGACACUCGUGAAGACACACCACAAGAUAAAGAAGCCCGCGAGAGCGAUCGAGGUAGCCAGGGAUGGACGAAUCAAUAUCUUCAGAACCCUAAGGUUUUCAUGAUGGCUCGCUUCGGAAGAAAACCUGGCCCAGAAGGUGGAAAGCAACGCCACGACGAACCGCCGAAGGAACCAUUUUUCUUUGGGCAAACACCAAUGGUCGACAAUACAAUCAAGCCUGUACUCAACCUAUUUGUCCGCAUGGCCCAGCUUGGCGACAUUCCUCAGAUUACCGACAUCUACAACCACUAUGUCCAGCACAGCGUGUGCACUCCUGAACUGGAGCCCAUCAGCAUUAUGGACAUGAAGGGUCGAUGGGAGAGCGCGCGAGGCGGCCACUUGCCAUUUCUUGUCGCUUGUUCGCCUAGAGGCUAUGGUGGCAGGAAGCGAUUCAAGGACCGGCCUGCUAUUGACACUGUCCUCGGAUUUGCUUAUGCUGACGAGUUCGCUGGCCCGCGAACAGCCUUGCGUUUCGCUGUCGAGGCUGGCGUGUUCGUAGAUGCGAACCCCAGAUGCAGACGUAAAGGUGUCAGUAAAUGUCUGAUGGACAAGCUUCUUGGCCUGCUGGAUCAAUUUUACCUCGAGCGCGGUGGUUAUGAUGUCGAAGAGCAGCUUGGAAUAGGUACGCAGCGUCUCGUCUCGCGAAUCUUCGUCAACUUCAUGAACUCCGAAGUUGAAAAGACUAAGGAAUGGGUGGUUCCGUACCUUGAGUCUUGGGGGUUUGAGCAGCAGGCCACGACCAAGAGAGUUGGCUUCAAGCUGAACCAAGUAGAGAUAGGAUUGGUGAUUGUGCCCACUAACCCACCGAUCCUUCGUCCUAAAGAAGAA